AUGGCGAAGAGCACGAAGCGCCCGCGCGAGUCGGCGCCCAAGAGCCGUGGCGGCAGCGACUUUGUGGUGGUGAACCCGUCCUUGCUGCGUGCGACUGAGGCGCCUGCGCCCAAGAAGGCCAAGAAAGAUGUCAAGAAGGCCGACGCGAAGAAGCAAAAGACCACCGAGAGCAAGCCUGCCAAGGACGCGCCAAAGCCCAAGGCCGGGGGCGUGUACCACUGCGUCGUGUGCGAUUUGGACGUGACGAUGGGUGCCAAGGCCAUGCACGAGCAAGGAAAGAAGCACCAGCGCGCGCUAACGUCGAGCGGCCUUGUCACGGCAGAGACGCCUACUGCUGUCGCAAAGGCGACCGUUGCGUCGUCUGCCAAGGCUGAUGCGGCAAAGGCUGCUCCGGUGCCGACGUCGGUGCAGUAUGUGCACGUCUCCCGCCCCGAGGACUUUGUCGGGGCCGUUUACGCUCUCUUCGACAUGCAUCGCAUGCGCCGUGCGCUUGUCGUUGUGCCGAACAAGGGCCACGCGCUCUUGCAGCCUCAGAUGGUCGCUGGAGCGCUCAAGCACCUUGGUUUCACGGCCCUCGCGGUCCACGCCAAGACCCCGGCCACGCAGCGCCAGCAGACACUCGAGAAGUACCGGUCGUCGUCGUCGAUGGUCCUCGUGGCCACCGAGCACUUGGCGAAAGGCCUGGCGUCGCCAAGCUCCGUGUACGUCAACUGUACACCGAGCACAUCGAAUGGCGUUGUCUACGUGGUGCUGGAGAAGGACGCGGCGCCGGCCAGCGACUGGUCGCCUGUCCCGCUUUGGAACAAGCUCGCGCUGCAAAAAGCAUCUUCGCGCGCCGCGAUGGCCAAGACGAUCCAUGAGCUCACGACGCAAGACGUCGAUAACGAAGCGCAAUGGAUCCAAAAGCUCGCGUCUGCGUCCGGGCUCGACGCCGACGACGCGCCCAAGGCCAAGCCGUCGGCCAACCACCAAAAGCUGGCGUCUCUUGCCGAAAAACUCUUCCUCCACAUGGGCUUCCCGCUCACGCACUCGGGCCCUGUCGACCUGCGGGCAUGA